AUGUAUUAUAAUAACGGAAACGGAAUUGAGGAAACCUUGCCUAGGGAACAAGGGAAAACACCGAGAGUUGUUUCUUUCCUUAUUGUGUUGUUGAGAGCUUUCGUUCUUUUUGUCAAAGUUUCUUUGAAACAUGCUGUUGAAGUUAAAAUUAAUUCAGCAGGUUUUGAUGAUAAAGACUUAUCUCCUAACAACACCUUUUCGUGUUAG